AUGAUAAAUGGCGAUGGCUUACUGCGUGUUUUCUGGCCGAAUGAUAUACCACGCUCAUCGUCGUCCGGGGUUAUUAUCGGCUGGCGCAACUCGGACUUGGAUUUAUUUGUCGUAACUGUGCUGGAAGAUGUCGAGGCCAAAAGUGUCGAUAAUGCGCUGCGAACGGGCAUUCUGUUUCGCAAUUGCCCUCACCCGAUCACCCAACUCUUCGUUCUCUGUGGAAAGUCGGCAAUGCACGUUUUAGGCUCAACCAACCCAGCUGAGCCGCCAACAGCUUUCGAUGCCGGCCAUCUUUCAGUGACUACGAAUACCUCUUAUAAGAUCCCCCGUGUUUUCUGUCCUCCAGAAACGAAUGUCUCGAUUCAAGUGAUUAUGUUCAAUCGCCCUCAUCCAACCCGUAUGCAAUAUAUGUCAUUGGAGCCGAUAUCUUUAGCGUUGGUCGAUAAACAAUCGAAUCAUGGAAAGGGUGUGUCCUUUGCUCCGAUCGAUGCGGAGGAGGAAGAGGAGAAAGCUCGGUCGAAGAAACUGAUAGAGAAGCUGAAGUGGCAUACGGUCGUCCGCCAUGUCCCGUCCCAGAAAGAGGUUGCGCUACCUAUCAUACUAAACCAAGUGAACUGCGCAUUUGAGGUUGGACAACUCAUUGAGAAGAAUAGCCGACUAAUAGGCACGCGUCCAAAGAGAAGCAUGAGUGUCAGCGAACGUGUCGUUGAAUCUGCCACAACAAUUUGGGACUUUUUUGUUGACAUCUUCUGGCAAUGGAUCUGGCCAGUUCUUACAAGAUGCUUUGUCUUUGGUUUAGUCUGCCAUCGCGCAGUCGCUGAAUUAGUACUACGUAUGCUUGAAUGGCGAGCCCGUCCCGAUGCUGCAGCUCUUAAGGAUAUCUCCGCCACAGCGCAACAAGUCGACAUUCGAUUGCAGCAAUUUUGCUACUGGCCUAUACAAUACGUCAAACUUCGGCAAAGAAAGGAUAAUUGGGAGAGUGUUACAACCAGUCAUCCGGAUUACAUUCGCUUCUACAAUUCACUUUGGCUCGUUGCAAACGAUGUCAUUAUCGGCAUUGCUUUGGGCUCUUAUAUUAUUGAUAACGCGCAAUGGGUGGCCAGUCAAAUAGACUAUCUCAUCACAGACUGGACUGUUGAAGGUUUACAGAGAACCAUCUCAUGGCUGAUGGGAUGGCCAGCCGGUUUGAAACUCAAUAAUGAACUGGCUGCAUUCCUGGGAGAUCUUUUCCUUUGGGUCAUUGAACAUUGGGCCGCCUGUAUCGCCAACCUGCAACCCUAUUUACCACACCUAAUAUACAUUAUUGGCUGCUCGAGUUUCGCCGGUGCCAGCAUGCCAAUUGCUCUAUUCUCCGAUUUACUUUCAAUCAUCACCAUCCACAUUUACUCAUUCUACAUAGCAUCGGCUCGCAUAUUUAAUUGGCAACUUAGCAUUAUAAUAUCCCUUUUCCACCUCUUCCGCGGCAAAAAACGGAACGUCCUUCGCAAUCGAAUCGAUUCCUGCGACUACGAUCUCGACCAGCUUUUGCUAGGGACGAUUCUGUUUACCGUAUUAUUCUUUCUUCUUCCGACAGUCGUCGUCUUUUACCUCGCAUUUGCAUCGGCGCGGAUGUUAAUCAUCUCACUCAAAGCGGCGCUGGAUACGUGGUUGGCAUUUCUGAAUCACUUUCCACUGUUUGCGCUAAUGCUGCGCGUGAAGGAUCCCGGACGUUUACCUGGCGGGGUCUAUUUCUCGCUACGAGAAGAAGUUAUCAAACCAUCAUCAAAACAAAAAGGCGCAGAGGCAACCAGGAUUUCCUAUAUCCAUCUAAAGUCCAUGCCCCUCUCCCUCCGCGCCAUGUUCGACCAAUACUUCCAACUCGGCCAUCGCCUCCGCAAACACUACCUCUCACCCAGCGUCAUCCUGUGCCUCGUCACCGGCCGCUUCGUACCUCCAAUCCAUCGCCGCAAUCUCUACAGUAUGCAAUACAGCAUGCUCCCAGCCCACCGCGCGGGCAUGUUCGAGGUGUGGAAUCGACUGACGGAGAAGAAGAGUACCUCAAAUGGCUCAAGCGGUGGUCGAGGAAUGAACGGUAGUAUGGGCAAUGGACUUGUCAAGGUUCCGUCGAAUUAUGUAUCUAAUGGUGGUGGUCGUCGGGGCCACCGAUGA